CAACAGUCGCCAUGGCUCUCAAGUUUGUUCUGUUUUCUGCCCUCGUGGCCGCCGCCCUCGCCCGUCCUGACACGCCCUACCAUCCACCCACCCCUAGCUACCACGCCCCUGCACCCUCUUACCACGCCCCCGCUCCUGAUGCACCGCCCAGGUACGACUACAACUACGCCGUGGUGGACGACAACUCUGGCAACAACUACAAUGCUCAGGAGGCGCGCGACGGCUACGACACCCAGGGAUCUUACUACGUGCAGCUGCCCGACGGCCGCCUGCAGAGGGUCACCUACACCGUCAACGGUGACUCAGGCUUCGUGGCCGACGUGACCUACGAGGGCGAGGCCCGGUAUGUCCCCCAGAGUUAUGCCCCAGCCCCCGCCCCCUCCUACAGGCCAGCACCCACCCCGCCAACCUACCAGUGAGCACCCCGCACCACACACUGUACACAAUUAUUUAUUAAAGCAUUCAUGACCUGUA